CUCCCUGCUAUUCAGCUCAGGUAUUCUACCGAAGAUUGUUCCUUUGAAGAGGAGAUACGCCCAGACGGCUACAACAUAUAUAAAUCAAAGAAACACGGGAUCUCUGUGUCUUUGAGCAGCGCCAAGCAAAGACAGCAGUUCAAGGGAAAAGAUUUUCUUCCUUUAUCUCACUUUUUACCUAUGAUCAACACUGUGCCUGUGGAAUCAACAGACUUUGGUGAAUAUGGUGAUUAUAGCCAGGCUUUCGAGUCAGAUAUGUAUUCAUCGCCUCUUGAAACCGACAGCAUGGAUCCCUUUGGAAUCACCUCCAAACUGUCUCCAGUGAAGAGCCCGAGCUUUCAGAAAUGACUCCGAUUACAAAUAUGAUGUAAAAGAAAUAUUGCAGAAUACUACAGGUUUUUAGCUUUUCAUGUACUAGUAUUUUGAAUUUUUUUUUAUAUUUAAGUAUUGAGCCAGCCUUUUCCUUACAAUGUGUUGUACCUGGAAGAUAUGAUUGUUCAGGAGCUAUAUUCUAAAGAAUUGCCUCCCUAUCCAUACUUUAUUUGGGGGGAAAAAAAGAAGAUUAAAUAAGAAAAGCUUAACCAAUUCACCAGAGUUACUCCGUUACAGUGGUGACGACAGAAUUAUUCUAAUUUUUCUAUACCAAGUUCAUUAUCACAUAUGUUCACCUGUUAUUUUUGCUCAUAGGAGCAAAUGUAGCAAAUGUUUUUCAUUCACAGGGAAGUUAACGAUCUUGUAGGUUCAUAGGCCUUAAAGACAAACAUUUGGAACAACACACGAUUAAGGGAGACCUAGCAAAUGUGGUUAUGUGAACUAAAGUAAACGCUGUCCCUUGAAAAGCUGCUGACAACAUUCUGGGAAAACUUUCUAUUGAAAGCAUACCACUGAAAAACAAUUCUGCUUGUAUAUUGUGUUUCUUCUUCCCUUAAGACAUAAGGGAAGAGGGGGAAAUAUUUCUUCCUUCCCUUAUUGCUAAAGGGUAAUUUGGAAAACUGGAUCUUUGAUUUCUUUUAUAGGCUAACUUAUGUUUACUGUAGGAGCUGCAUCAUCCAAUAUAGACUCCUCAUUAACAUUAGUGAGAAUUCUAUAUAUGGGUAAAAGUGUAUACAGAACCCAAUAUUUAUGUUCGUCAGGUAGGGAAUGAGCAGUACCAACCAAUUAGUUUUCAGUAACAGAAGGUCUGUUGUAUAUAACUAUAUAUGUCUUUAGCAAAUGGAGAGAAAGACUGAAAAUAGAUGAUGUAUAGGUCAAAUCGAUUGCAAAAUAAGUUUUCAUGUUUUACCUUCCAACAUCAGCAGUUCCUUUAAGGCCUUCCAGGCUUGAUUCUGCAUCAGCUGAAAUCAAUGGAGAGACAGUUUAGUUACUUGAAUACUGCAGAAGUGGGUCAGUCAUACCAUUCACCUUUCAGGGAAAGACUGUGGGUACCUUAUGGCCAAGAGGUGCAUGUCUGAUACCUUCAGUUCAGUUCUCCUGUUGCAACAAUUUGACAAAGGAAUAACAAACCUGAAACUCCUCCCAAAAAGGAAUGUGAGAAAAGGGUUCAGGGAUUUUACUCCUUUCCAAAGGUUCGUUUAUAAUAGAGAUUUCUAUACCAAAAAAACUCUACUGGAAAUACUAGCCUUCUUCUGACCUAGCACUUCAUUGCCAAUGCAAUAUUUAUAAUUAAUUUAUUGAAUGCAUACAUCUGUUUAUUUUGUUACUAUUAUUUAUGCUCAAAAUUCUAUUUAUAUACUCUUGAAGGUGGAUUUUUUUAGUUGUAACAAAUUUUGUGAAGUUUUGUAAUCAUGAAACAGUAGCUUUUUAAAUUUCUGUAUAUUACC